AUGGAGGAGCCGGCAGUGACGCCCGCGGCGAUGCACGAUGACGAGGAUGACGAGGAUAUCCUGGUGGUCAGGCGCCACAAGCGCUCGAGGCCCGUCGCGAAGGACGGCGCCGUCGACGGAAAUUCUGACGAUACCUCCCCACGUGGUCCAAUCGACGCCAGCCAGGCGGACAGCCCCGUCAAGUCCUCCGACGACGAGCAGGCUGACGAGCAGGACGGCCUCCCGGGUAACAGGAAGUUCAAGCUGAGGCGUAAGGGCGCGAUAGAGGAGGAGGAGAAGGAGAAGGCGGCGAAUGUGCCCGGCGAGAUGCCCGACGACUCUGACCUCGAGCUCGACCUUUCCAACGGCGGGGUUGACGAGGAGGAGUACGAGGAGGAGGAUGUCGUAUACGGCUCCGACGACGAGGAGGGCCAAAUGGAGGUCAUGCUGAAGCAGAAGGGUACUCUCGACGGCUUCGGCCUCGACGACGACGCCGCGGACGGCUCCGGCGAAGACGACGAGUCCGAUGAGUCGGAUCUGGAGGACUCCGAAGAUGAGCGCGAGCUGCAGGAUGAGGUGGAGAGGCUCAAGGCCGAGGCCGCCAAGCGCACCGCUGAGGCCGCCAAGGCUGCCAAACCUCCCCCCGAGAACGAAACCGAGGAGGAGCGUAUUGAGCGCGAGAAGGCCGAGACCGCCGAGGCGCAGCGCGAGAUUAUGCGCGAGGCUGGCAAGCGUGCGCACUUUGCCGGCUACCACCAGGUUCCUGACCGCGAUCCCUUCGCCUACCGCAAGAUCUUCGCGGCGAUCAAACAGAUGAAGGACUCGCUCAACCUCCCGCCGCCCCCGCCGUCUCCCGAGGUGUCGGACGACGAGGACGCCGGCGAGUUUGCCGGCGAGGUGGAGGACGAGGACGGCGACCUCCCCGACGACGAGGAGGAGGCGGAGCUCGACUCUCAGGCGGGCGACGACGAAGAUGAGCCUGCAAACAAGAAGAUGCCCGAAGAGGAGGAGAAAGAGGAGGAAAUGGUGGUGCUCGACGUUGACGAUGAGGAAGAUGAUCUUGGGUACGAUCAGGACGCGCUGAGCAAGAUGCUGGCGGAGGUGCAAGCCAGGGCGGCCGAAACCAAGGCGAAGGCGGUGGCCGAAGCCCAGGCUGCUGCCGCGAAGGCGCAGGAGGAGCCUGAUGCCGAGCCCCCCGUCGUCGACUUUGACGACGAAGAGGCCAUCCUCCGCGAGAAGGCGGCGCAGAACCUUCGCGAGAAGCGCGAGGCUGCCAAGGAGACUCUCAAUCCCGAGGAGGAGGAGGAAGAUGAGGGAGAGGAGGCUGAAUCCGAGGACGAUCUCAGCGAGGAGGAGGCGGUGGAGAUGACCCGCAAGGAGCGCCUCCGCCAGCUCAAGGCGGCCAAGGCGUUCUUCAAGGCUGACGCCAAGGCUGCAGAGCGCACGGCCCGUGGUGAGGUUCUCGAAGACGAGGCCGAACUCUCCGAGGAUGGCGGCCACACCGACGACGAGGAGGAGGUCGAGGUUGAGGUGGGCGAUGGCGAGGAGCGGGUGAUUCGCAGGAUCCGCGCCAAGCGGGGCGACGGUCUCCUUGACCGCGAGGAGCUCGAGGAGAUGGUUGACUACAUCGACUUCAACGAGUCCAAGGACGAUGACGAGCGACGCGCCGCCAAGCGUGCGGCUGCACACGCCAGGUUCGAGGAGGAGAGGGACGAGGAGGAGCUCAAGAAGAUGCAGGAGGCGCUCAAGAACGGUUUCCGCCGCCCCAACAAAAACGGGGGCUACGACGAUGGACCCGACUACUGGCAGCGACGCAUGAGGCAGCGGGAGGAGGGCGACAGCGAGGGGGAGGAGUUCGACAUCGACAUCCCCGACCGCGCCUGGGAGCACGUCGAGCUCUCCGACGACGACGACGGAGAGUGGGCCGAGCGCGCCGAACGGCGCAAGAAGGUGGCCGCCGCCCAGGAGGCUGCCAAGAAGGAGCGCGAGUCGCAGCGCGAGAGCCAGGGUCUGGACUCGCAGGACGUGGACGAAGAUUCGCAGCUCCCCAGCGCCAAGGACUUUGGCUUCCUCGGCUCCCAGGACUUCAAGAGCAUGAUGGCUGCUGGGAAAUCCCGAAGGCGCCGCGUCGGCGUCGGUCUCGCUGCUGCGGCGAUGGAGACCCAGGCGUCCGCGGGCAGCCUUCCCUCGCACCCGUCGGCGUCCAUGCCCGCACCCGCGCCCAGGCAGGUCAAGGCACCCUGCCUCGACCGCACGAGCUCGUCCAUGUCCUUCCUCGGCAAGAGCGGCGGCGGGAGCAGGUCCAACCACGGGUCCAACGGCCUCUCGCGCUCCUUCUCGCUCGGCGACCGCGGCACUUCCCGCUCGUUCGUGUUCGGCGGCGGCGGGGACUCGCUGUCUAUGUGGGAGAAGGACGCGGAGGAGAACGGGACGGCACCCGCGCCGACGGUGCUCGCCGAGCUCGGCGGCAGCGACAACGCCAACUUUGGCUGGGCGCCGCGUGAGGCCAACACCAAGCCCGCCACCAAGUCCAAGCUCAGCGGAAGCCAGAGCUUGUUUGGGAUGCUGCAGGCGUCUCAGGAUUGGGACGAGCAGGUGCUCACUAGAUCCGAUUCGCUCACGGAGGCGGUCAAGGCGGCUAAGGACAUCAAGCUGCGCCCUGCGAUGCCCCGCUGA